AUUGCCGAUACAACGGCAAAGACAUUGGUGGUAAGCGAACGUUCAGUGGAUUUUUUUUUUAUUAUGUGAAAAAAAAAAUAUGGGUGCAAAGAAUACAAACGUAUUGGAACUGGUCUCUGGUUGGGAGGCAGUAGAGCAAAUAUUUAAGUGCAUAUUUAUUGGACUGUGGCAAUUUAUAAAGAUAUCCGUGAAAAGAUUUUGGAAAGGGCACCGCAGAAAAUCGCUAAAGGACCAUUCGCCUGUUGAGUUGACUGUAGAUUCGUCAAUAGGGACACAUUGUUAUAUUAAAAUUAUGGGUGUAAAAUACCACUACGUUGCGAGCGGGCCAAAGAAUGGCCAGGUAGUCCUCAUAUUGGGUGACGCACCUGACAAUGGAAAUUUGUGGUGCCCCACAUGGUCCGCCGUCGUGAGGAGACUGAUGGAGACUGGAUAUUACGUAGUCAGUCUAGACCUGAGGGGCACUGGGGGCAGUGAGGGUGGAGCACGAUGGGACUUAUCACCGCCUCAGGCUGUAGCAGAGUUGUCUGCGUUGAUGAAAGCUAUCGGUGUAUCCCAAGCGAAGCCAGCUGUAGUGAUAGGCUUCGGAAUUGGCGGUAUGCUGUCGUGGUACCUGGCCCACUGCCACGGACAUUUAAUAAGCAAGAUGGCCGUCAUCGGAGCUCCACACCCGAAUCUCUACUGGCAAAAUCCGCCAGCUGUUUUCUGUAACGGAGUUUUGCAUUUUAUACAGUGGCCAUAUCUGCCAGAACGGUGGCUGGCUGAGGGGGAGUUGCAGGAUGGUGAGAACGGACGAUGGGCCAGCUCACGGGCCUGUGACUGGACUGGAGCCCUUAACUAUCUCAGAGGCGCAGCUUGGUGGCGCAUCCGGGCCGGGCACCUAGUGGAAGCGCCGGUACUCCUGGUGGGCGCCACCAACGGCGCACUACUGGUGGUGGCCUCCACACUCCACUGCAGCGCCUCUAAGAUACGCCUGGUGGAGAAACCGGACCCCACCGACGAGAAACUGCCGGCGAUAAUGCUGGACUUUCUGAUUGAGACAAAAGAUACAGCGAAGAAGCAGCCACAAGAGGUGUCCAGAAGUAUAAUAAGGGGCUUACUGGGGGCGGUGGCUGAUCGCGGACGGGAGCUCACCAGCAAACUGGUGAAUGGAGCGUGCAAUGUGAAUAGCUCGCUCGUACUGCCUGUACAAGGGUAGUAACUGGAUUCAUUUUUGGAAUAACACAAAAAUUAAGUAGGUUAUAAUUAAAAAAAAAGAUCACGAUGGAAUAUAUCAGCCAGAGACAAAUGUAUUAAAAUAUGUUUCAAUAAUAAGUUUAAAUUGUGCCUCUGUUCUUAUGAUUUUUCUAAGUUGAACUUUUUUUUAAAUUUGCCACAUGAUGCGUCACGAGUUAUUUUUAAUUAUUAAUAAAAAAAAGUCUAUAGUUAAUUAUAAAAUUACAAGACAUACGUAAUACUUUGAAUAAUACCUAGACAGGACACGAUCAUUAAUGUUUUUUUUUUUAAUUAUAUGCAAAUCCUAGAUGACGACAUUUGAUAAAAUUUUACCACAACCCUCCCUUAUUUUAAGACUUGAUUGGACUACUAUAAAAUGUCAUUGACGUAGAAUUAAAUGAUAUUCAGUUAUAAAAAUUAUUUAUAGGAGUGUCGAAUUAUUUGGUCAAUAUAACUGUCUAGUCACAUCGACUAAAUAAGUCGUAACUUAUUUUUACUCGACAACGGCGAAGUAAAAAAGAGGGUUAUGAUUUUGAUCGAUAUUUAUGUUCAUUUCUUUCUUCAUAAUUUCUAAACUACUUGUUGUGGAUGUGUAGUUGUAAAAGUUUUAAAGCACAUACUAUAUAGACUAAGUUACCGUUUGUAUAUACAUAUAUGUUAUAUAUAAACAUUUAUAUAAAGUAUAAGUAUUGUAAUUUGGAAAAUGUUUGCACUGUAUAAUUAUAAUAGAAUGUAGACUUAAAACCAUUUUAACAUUUGCAUACUUCUGCGGGGGGGGGGGGGGUGCAUGUUAUGUGCCUGUAUAUGUAUGUAACUUCUUAUUGUACUAUGUAUGUAGCAAGCGAAUAAAUAUGAUUUGAUUUGAUUUAAAGUAAGUGAGCAAUUUGUAUAUGUAGUAUUUAAUGUCACUGUAAAUAUCUACAUAAGACAUAGUUUCUAUGUUUUUAAUUUAAAAACUUGGAUUAUAUAGAUAGAGCAUCGAGCCUCAAAAACAGGUCAAGUUUUUGUCAGCUAAUUGUCAAAUUAGCUGACUCGUUUUUUUUUUUAUUAAUACUCUAUAUACUUACGCACACAAUGUACCUUGACGCAUCUAUAUUUAUUUAAUAAAUAAAAUAAGUUUUUGCGCAUUAAAAAGAUGCAAAAUUUAUAAGACAAAAUAAAUAUAGAAGUUAUAAAGGAAUCACUCAUAACUAUUGUAUUUAUCACGCAAAAUUGUAUGAAAAAGUUGACCCGCUUUUCUCGAAACAUUUGUAUAGGGACACUCUAUCUAUAUAGUCUAAGUUUAAAAAUUAUGAAUCUUAAAGUUUUAGAUCAUGUGUAAUGAAUGUGAAUUAUUUACUUAGCAUUUUAUAUUUUGUAUAAAAUUGUUAUUGAAUUUAAGUUACAAAAUAAUCACAACAUAAAAUUCCUUUGUAUCAAUACUGCAAAAUCUACAAAUAAGUAAUAAAUACAUAAAAUCUCAAGACUUGUUGAAUGGAUGAAAAUAGAGUGGUAAUUCCGCCAGCGUUAUCAGUAUACACUGGCAGGGACCAGUGAGGGAUGAUAGGUGAGGAUGAAAGCAGGUCAGUUAGCCCAUCGUGACGAAUUAAAGAAUUAAUCACUAUGGUUUCCAGGGGGAUAUUGCUAGUAGUGUAGUUGGACCCCAACACUAACAAUCUCUUUCACCCCAAGUCCCAAGACUGGGAACAGAUGUGGGAUACCAGUUUUUUUAUACAAGUAAAUAUAACCUCGCCUGCACUAUUGGUAUACUCGUAUACUGGCGAGGUACCAGUGAGUGAUGAUAGAUGACAACGAAGUCAAAAUUCAAGAAUUAAGGGGGGGGGGGAUUAUUUGUUAUGCGGACCGCUAGUCCCGUUGGUAGCAAUAUUCAGGUCGUCAGGUCGACCUCCAUGUAGUCCUCCCUGGAAACCAUCGUGUUGAAUUCCGGGUGUAUUCAUCACGAUAGGCUAACUAAUCUGCCUUUUCAUUUUCACCUAUUAUCCCUCACUGGUACCCCCUCCCCCUCAACGUAUACCGUUAGCACAGGCGGAGUUACCAUUCCAUUAUCAUCCAUUAAAAAAACCACGAUGAUUUCCAAUAAAGUUCAACGUGAAGAUUUACCUGACAGAGUAUAUUACUAGUAAUAUGACCAUGGACGUAUUUAGGGGGUGGGGGGGGGAGUGGUCCGUGGCCAUCCCAGAAUUGCCUGGUGCUCACCUCAAGAUGCGAGUUCCGCAAAAACAUAUCUGAAAGUGCAUAUGCACCUUUCUCCAGGGACCAGAUCCCCCUGGAAAAUCAUAAAUACACCAAUAAAUAUGACCUUAUCCUUUUAAUGGCUACAAAUGGAAAGGUAGCCCUGGUAGCGCUGGCGAGGCACUAGUGAAAUAUGAUAGGUGAGGAUAAAGCAGGCCAGUUGACCUAUUUUGAAGAUGGUUUCCAGAGGGAACCGUAUAAAAGUCAACCUGAUAGUGUAUAUUGCUAGCAAUGGGAUUGACCAUUGCUAGCAAUAUACACUACCCUUUGAUUUGACCCUGUUACAAAACAAACAAUAAUCCCUUUUCCACUAAUAUGAUAGUACUAACAAUUACUUAUUACCAAAUAGCUACCAUCGGCCCACCAUCGUGUAUUCUAUAUUCCUCUACCCAAAGGUUGUCUGAAAGAGACUGCUUUAGCGAUAAGACCGUAUUUUGUACUUCAUAUGCAUAAUAUAUAUAUAUAUAUAUAUAUAUAUACAUAUAUAAAAAAAUCCCCGCCAAUAAUAGUGGAGUAAUGCUAUUGUGCUCACCAUUUCAUUAUUGGGCUAAUUGCAUAGCUUUAAGCAAAAUAAAUAUGAAUUGUACAUUUCUAAAUUUGUAAAACCACUGUACAGACUUUACGUUGCUUUUGUAGAUCUAUAUUCAGCAUAUUAUAUAUGGGUAUAUACAGUAGAAUCUCGAUUAUCCGAAUAUUCGAUUAUCCGGACUUAUUUUUCACGACUCUAAUUAUGGAUUUAGAAAUGGUAUUAUGUAUUAAUUGUGUAAAUAAAUAUUAUGCAUCCGUUAUCUUUAUAGCUCGUAUUUUUUUAUAUCAUAUUGUCUAAAUGACGUAUGUAAAACCCUUUACAUAAUAAAAAAAAUUAUAAUUUAUAGAUGUUCGACUUGACUUUGAAAUCGAUUAUCCGGAUUUUCGAUUAUAAUCGAAAAUCCGGAUUCCGUAUACGGAAUACCCUUGGUUUUAUUUAAUUCAGAUAAUCGAGAUUCUACUGUAUAUAAAUAUAAAAAUAUAAUUACUAUAUUAUACCUAAUGAAGUACUGAUACAGUGUCAAAUAAAAGUUACGCAAAAUUCAUUAUCAUUUACAAACAUAAUUGAUAUUUUAUCUAGACACUCGUCGACCUUUGUAUGUUACCAAAGAUAAAUAUGUUUAUAAACAAUUACCAUUUUUCAACGAUUCAUACGUAAGUAGGUUAAUUAGAUUUUUUUUUAUAUUUUAUUUUUCAUACAACUUAGAAAUGGCAAACAGGCCGACGACCCACCUGAUGGAAAGUGGUAACCGUCGCCUAUAGACAUGUGCAGUACCAUGCACAUAACAGAAUACACUGUUUCACCCAGAAUGUUUUUAGAAUAACGUUUAAUGUAAAUAAAACUGCAAUUAUUAAGUGCAAA